AAUGAGCUCCAGGUGUGACCUUCCAAGGAUGGUGCAGGAAUUCAUUCGUAAGCUGGCUCAGCUGGGGAACGUCCUGCCCCGUGCAUGAGUCAGCACGCAAGUAGUUAAGCUGGCGAGCCUUGGCUUCUUUGGUUAGAGCAUUCAGCCUCCGAGAGUUAACCUGCAGCACUGCUCAGAAGAGCAGAGGCCGAGCAUUCAGAAGCAUCCUACCGCUCAGGCUUGCAGGAGCAAUGACAUGCGGUUUUGAACAAGCAGCUGCCGCAGCAGGUCUGGAUUUCAGAAAGUGCUGAAAAGUCUCAGCCAAGCAACCUUCCAGGGGAAGGAGAACAGAAUUCUGGGCUGUUAUUUGCUUUCCUGGGAUACGGAAACUCUUUUGAGUGCUUGAAUCAGGAGAAAUGGCCAAACGCAUCUUUUCCACGUUAGAAGCAUUCCUGAUUUUCCUUCUUGUGAUGAUGACUGGGAUCACAGUGGCCCUUCUCACCCUCUUGUUUAUCACCAGUGGGACCACUGAAAAUCACAAAGAUUCAGGCUUGCUGACCACUCAGAGCUCUCCGGCCACCGAGGGCUCCACGGCCCCUCAAGGCUCAACAACCCUUGCCCAGGGCCCCACACCCACUCUGGCGUCUCCAACCCCCAGCACCCCAGAGCCGACUCUGUUUCAGAACUUCAGCGGCUACCACAUUGGCGUUGGGCGAGCUGACUGCACAGGACAAGUAGCAGAUAUCAGUUUGAUGGGCUACAGCAAGACUGGCCAGACUGCACAGGGCCUCCUCACGAGGUUGUACAGUCGUGCGUUCGUCAUGGCGGAACCCGAUGGGUCCAAUCGAGUGGUGUUUGUCAGCAUUGACAUAGGCAUGGUGUCACAGCGACUCAGGCUGGAGGUCCUGAACAGACUGCAGAGUAAAUAUGGCUCCCUGUACCGAAGGGACAACGUUAUCCUGAGUGGCACUCACACACACUCGGCUCCUGCAGGCUAUUUCCAGUACACUGUAUUUGUAAUUGCCAGUGAAGGAUUUAGCAAUCGCACUUUUGAGUACAUGGUCACUGGUAUCGUGAAGAGCAUUGAAAUAGCACACAGAAAUAUGAAACCAGGCAAAAUCUUUAUCAAUAAAGGAAAUGUGGAUGGUGCCCAGAUCAACCGGAGCCCUUUUUCCUAUCUUCAGAAUCCACUGUCAGAGAGAGCAAGGUAUUCUUCAAAUACAGACAAGGAAAUGGUACUCUUGAAACUGGUAGAUUUGAAUGGAGAUGACCUGGGCCUUAUCAGCUGGUUUGCCAUCCACCCAGUCAGCAUGAACAACAGCAAUCAUCUUGUAAACAGUGACAAUGUGGGUUAUGCAUCUUACCUUUUUGAGCAAGAGAAGAACAAAGGAUAUCUACCAGGAGAGGGACCGUAUGUAGCAGCUUUUGCGUCAUCAAACCUGGGAGAUGUGUCCCCCAAUAUUCUUGGCCCACAUUGCAUCAACACAGGAGAGUCUUGUGAUAACGCCAAUAGCUCUUGUCCUGUUGGUGGGCCUAGCAUGUGCAUUGCUAUGGGACCUGGAGAGGAUAUGUUCGACAGCACCCAGAUCAUAGGGCAGAUGUUGUAUCAGAAAGCAAAGGAACUGUAUGCCUCCGCCUCCCAGGAGGUAACCGGGCCACUGGCUGCGGCUCAUCAGUGGGUGAACAUGACGGAUGUCACCGUCUGGCUCAAUUCCACACACACAGCAAAAACGUGUAAACCAGCCUUGGGCUACAGCUUUGCAGCUGGCACAAUCGAUGGAGUUGGAAGCCUCAAUUUUACUCAGGGGACAACGGUAGGGGACCCGUUUUGGGACAUUAUUCGGGAUCAGAUCCUGGGCAAGCCAUCUGAAGAACUCAAAGAAUGCCACAAACCAAAGCCAAUCCUUCUUCCCACUGGAAUGAUGUCAAAACCUCAUCCAUGGCACCCAGAAAUUGUUGAUGUUCAGAUUAUUACUCUUGGGUCCUUUGCCAUCACUGCCAUCCCUGGGGAAUUUACGACCAUGUCUGGACGAAGACUUCGGCAGGCAGUUCAAGAAGAAUUUGCAGCUUAUGGGAUGCCAAAUAUGACCGUUGUUAUUUCGGGUCUAUGUAACGUAUAUACGCACUACAUUACCACUUAUGAAGAAUACCAGGCUCAGCGGUACGAGGCAGCAUCCACAAUUUAUGGACCACAUACUUUGUCUGCUUACAUCCAGCUUUUCAGAGUCCUUGCUAAGGCCAUUGCUACGGACACAGUAGCCAACCUGAGCAGUGGUCCAGAGCCUCCAUUUUUCCAGCAGCUGAUAACACCAUUAAUUCCUAAUAUUGCGGAUAGAGCACCCAUAGGCAAAAAUUUUGGGGAUGUCCUGCAGCCAGUGAAAUCUACAUACACUGUGGGAGAAGUUGUUGAAGUUAUAUUUGUAGGUGCUAACCCAAAGAAUUCAGCAGAAAACCAGACGCAUCAGACCUUCCUUACUGUGGAGAAGUAUGAAGCCACGUCAGCAACAUGGCAGAUAGUGCAUAAUGAUGCCUCCUGGGAGACUCGUUUCUAUUGGCACAAGGGAUUACUGGGUCUUAGCAAUGCAACGAUACAAUGGCACAUUCCAGAUACUGCCCAGCCUGGAAUCUACAGAAUAAGAUACUUUGGACACAGUCGGAAGCAGGACUUACUCAAGCCCACUGUCAUACUUUCAUUUGAAAGCACUUCCUCCGCUUUUGAAGUUGUAACUACUUCGUAAAAAGUUGACCAAUCAUUUAAA